AAAUCAGUGAGAGUAGUCUGUUACUUCGAAACCCUAGGUUUCAUCUUCAUGAAUCUCGAUUCUCCAGUCAAAUUGGAAAUAAAUUCCCAUUAAAUUCUCCCUACAAGAGAAGUUAAUCUCCAUGAUCAUUUUUGUUUGAUUAAGCGUUCAAGCAGUUGAUUAAAGUGAUAGUAGUAGGUAGAGAAUUUGGGGUUCAAAUCAAAUCUUCCAGAAAGAGAAAGUGAAAAUAUCAUGGAUAUCAAUAAUACAGAACAACAUUGGUGAGGCAGAAGAAGAUAGGAUUAGCGAAUUACCUGAUUCACAUCUUCACUAUAUCCUUUCAUUCCUUGAUAUCAAGCAUGUUGCUCCUACUUGUGUGCUCUCUUAAAGAUGGAAAAACAUAUGGACCUCUAUCCCCACUCUUGAUUUGCAAUUCUGGGACCUGUGCGGCCGCCCCCCUGAGUUAUCUGAGAUCAAUAAAUUCAUGGAUUUUGUGGAUAGAACAUUACUUCUUCAUGAUGAGUCAAAUAUUCAAAAGUUUAAGCUCAACUUGUACUCUGACAUGAAUGCAUCACGGGUUCAUUCGUGGAUCGAAAAUGUAACAAGGCGUAAUGCCGAAGAACUAAGCCUAGAUUUAUCUAUUCCUAAAGGUGACCUACCUUUAUCUAUUCCUCUAUCUCUUUUUAAUUGUGAAUCAUUGACUAAAUUGAAGCUAACUGCAAGUCCUAGCAUGUGUUUCCCCAAAAAAAUCUUCUUUCCGAAGCUCAAGAGCCUUACACUGUGGAGUAUCAAAUUUGGUGAUGGUUGCUGGAAUGAGCAACCAUUUUCCAAUUGCCUUGUCCUUGAAGAACUGUUUCUGUAUCACUGCACUUGGUUUGGUAUGACGCAAUUCUGCAUUUCCACUCCGGCACUAAAAGUCUUGGAAAUUAACAAUGAGUUAGAUGAAGAAGAGACGGGUUUAGAAGGCUGUGAUCUCAAAAUUCAUGCGCCAAGUCUGGUAUCUCUUAGUUGUCGUCGGGGUUGUGUGGCGAAGGAUUAUGAAUUGUCCAGUUUCUCAACACUAGAUGAAGCAGUAGUUGAGUUUGUUUUUUCUGAUCAUGAAUCAAGAAGGCCGGAAAACAUGAGCCAGGUUGUAAGUAAGUUUAUCCAAGCACUUUCACAUGUCAGGUAUCUGUCAUUACAUGUGGCAAAAGACAAGGUUCUCUCUGUUGCAAACGGUUUCGUAAGCAACCCACCUACGUAUCAUAAUUUGACCGCGUUGAGGCUGCGUCAAGGAGCAACCGUAGAUACACUAAUAUUUGGAUUGCUUAGAGCAGCACCUAAUCUGAGGGAUCUUGUAUUUGUAGAGUUCGAUUGUUGGUCUUCUCACGACGAAAUAGAAUAUGAUGAAACUGAAGACUUGUUCCGGCACCUCCAGUCAGUUAGGUUCCUGGAAUCAUUUGGGAAGGAGAGGGAGUUGAGAUGGGUGAAAUUAAUCUUGAAGAAUGCAAUAUCUUUGCAGGCAAUGACUUAUGGAUUUAGUUUCUUCGUUUCCAAUGAGAAAACCAAAGAAUCAGUUAGAUCGGAGUUACCAAGUCUUCCAAGAGCCUCUGCGAGAUGUGUGGUUAAGUUUGUCUAAAACUUGUGAUAGAGUUAUAAAUUUCCUAGACUCUGCGUUGGUUUUCUUUAAGGGUGCACACCGUACGGUUCGGCUCGGUUCUUGCCGAGACCGAGUACCUGUACCUUACACCCUUCGGUACCAAAAAAAUGGACCGGUCCCGGUACCGAGUACCUCGGUUCCGGUUCCAUUCUGGACCGGCCGGUUCCGGUCGGUACCGGUACCGGUUCCGGUUCCAUUUCAGGGGAAAAAAAAAACAGAAACCUACUGCCCUGUUUUUUACUUUUUUACCUAUUUUUCAAUAUCUCAAAGCAACAACUAAUAAGUAGCAAUAUUAAUAACAAACCAAA